AUGGUUUUCAUUAGACCGAGGAUUCACUCCUCCGACUUUAUCACGCCGGAGACAGGCUCUAGCUCGGACUCUAGUUCUGAUACCAGCUCUGACUCCGACUCAGAUUCCAACUCGGACACCAACUCAGACCCAGGCCCCGACCCCGACCCCGGCUCGGACUCCGUCUCCGACUCUAGCUCGAUCUCUGUCACACCUCGUAGUUACUUUCCAUGGUCUGAAUUCACGAGUGAUUCUGAAGAGGGGCCUCGUGAUAGGCCUGCUACUCCUUGCCCACCAGAGCGAUCACGUUCGACGUCAAGCGACAUGUCGGCACCCACCAAACUUCCCUCGUCGCCUGUUGCCCUCGAGAUCGGCGAUGACGAGCCCAUACGAGAAACCAUUGAGAACUCGCCCGACGUGUCACCUCCUCGCAGAAAUUGGCUCCCUGACGACAACGACGACGACGACGACGACGACGACGACUCUCCCGAACGAGAUUUUGGCAAGUGA